AUGUGCUUUCAAUCUAUCUCACGCAUAUUUGUAAAACUCUGGAUACAUCUCCUAAGGCUACUUCGACUGAUUAUUUUACCUUUUUGGUUAUUGCUUAAAUUUAUAGUACAAAAACCAUUCGCGCAACUAGAUCAAAGAUAUAGGAUUAAAGACGAUUUUUAUAUUAUUCCAUAUUUUUUAAAAAAUCUAUUAUGUUAUACUAUCAAAGUUAAAAGGAACAAGUUUCAGUAUUGGUACCUGUUUCAAAAGCAAGUUGAGGAAAAUGGUGAUCGACUAAUAAUCAAUUAUCCAAGGCCAUUAGCAGAAAAGGGUGAGUAUCAAUUGGAAACCUAUACCUAUAGAGAAUUCAAUGAUAUCGUUUUAAGACUAUCGCAUGUACUACAUUUUCAAAAUGGUGUUAAUCCAGGUGAUCACAUCGGUGUCAGUUGCACAAAUAAACCACUUUUCUUAUUUCUUCUAUUCUCAUUAUGGAAUAUAGGUGCAAUCCCAGCUUUACUCAACUACAAUACGUUAGGUAAGCCUUUGGUACAUUCGUUGAAGAUUGCUAAAGUGACAAAAGUUUUUAUCGAUCCCCUGGCCAGUGAUCCGAUGAAGCAAACAGAAGAAUUAAUCAACGAAACUCUCCCUGAGGUUCAAUUGAACUAUCUAGAUGAAGAUUCGCUAACAAGAGAUAUAUUGGAUUUUCAAUCUCCACAGUUUUUACAAGAGGAUAGCGCAAGAUCGCCUCCAGGCUUGACUGACUAUAAACCCGCAAUGUUUAUUUUCACUUCUGGUACUACUGGUUUGCCAAAAUCCGCAAUAAUGUCAUGGAGAAAAGCGAGUUUUGCAUGCCAACUUUUUAGUCAUGUCUUUCAUAUGACUAAUUUUAGUACUGUAUUUACUGCAAUGCCGCUAUUUCAUUCAACAGCUGGAUUAUUAGGUUUGUGUGCAAUCAUCUCCCAAGGAGGAUGCCUCGCUAUGGCUAAUAAAUUUUCUGCUACUUUCUUUUGGAAACAAGUGUACCUAACAAAAGCAACUCAUGUUCAAUACGUUGGUGAAAUUUGUAGGUAUUUACUUCAAUCGCCUGUUUCAAAAUAUGAACAUAUGCAUUGUGCCAAGGUUGCUUAUGGAAACGGAUUAAGACCUGAUAUUUGGCAAAAAUUUAAAAGGAGAUUUAACAUUGAAGUAAUAGGUGAAUUUUAUGCAGCAACAGAAGCCCCAUUUGCAACAACAAAUUAUCAAAAGGGAGAUUUUGCAGUUGGUGCUUGUAAAAACUAUGGUUCAAUUAUCCAAUGGUUUUUGAGUUUUCAGCAUACUUUAGUUAAAAUGGAUCCCGAUGAUGAUUCCAUCAUUUAUAGAAACUCAAAAGGUUUCUGUGAAAAACCUGAAGUUGGUGAGCCAGGUGAAAUGAUUAUGAGGAUUUUCUUCCCCAAGAAACCAGAAACAUCCUUUCAAGGUUACCUGGGCAAUAAAAAAGAAACUGAAUCCAAAGUUAUUCGUAACGUUUUUAGAAAAGGUGAUGCAUAUUAUAGAUGUGGUGACCUUUUCAAAGCUGAUAACGAUGGGCUUUUAUAUUUCCUUGAUAGAUUAGGUGAUACCUUUAGGUGGAAAUCAGAAAAUGUCUCUACAACUGAAGUAGAGGAUCAGAUAAUGACUAGUAAUGACAAACAGUUUGCCCAAGUCGUUGUCGUUGGGGUCAAGGUGCCAAAAUAUGAGGGAAGAGCAGGCUAUGCUAUAUUAAAAUUAGUCAAUCAUGAUUUAUCUGAAGAAGAAAAGCUUAACCUUUUGAAUAAAAUGCUUCUUCAUCUGAAGCAAGAGUUGCCAAAGUAUGCCCUACCAAUUUUUGUGAAAUUGGUGAACUCGAUUCAAAUGACAGAUACCAACAAAAUCGCGAAAAAAGUCUACAAAAAUGAAGUACUGCCACAUGGAACCGAUGGAAAGGAUACAAUUUAUUGGCUGAAGAGCUAUCAAGAAUAUAUACGGUUGACUGAUGAGGAUUGGAAUGCCAUCUGUUCUCAAACAAUCAAAUUAUAA